UGUAAACAACUUUGGGGAUUGCUCAGUUAAAUCCAUUCACCAUUUACCGGAUCUUCGAACUGUGAAGGGUUUUCUUGAGGUGGCGACCUGCUGUGGAUGUGGCCCAUCCAUCUGGAUCCGAUCCCGGUCCCAGAGCGACCAGGACCCGGACCCGGACCCGGACCGAGAGAGAGAGGGAGGGAGAGAGAGGCUUGUUUUCAGCAGCGGUCCCUGGCGGAUCCGCCCAGGAAGUGGCAGACAGGGCAGACGGAGUAACGUUAGCGCCACACUGGUCUCCAGAAAGAGCAGACGUUCAGUUUUAGGAGUUUUUACUGAGUUUUGCUGAGAUGAUCUUCCGUCUCUCUGAGUCCGAGGGGAGGUGAGCUUCACCACUCCGUGAAAGUGAAGUUACCUCUGCUAUGAAUGGCGGGCUUUUUUAAUUUCUUUUCGUGUUAUUUGCCCUCGGAGAAAGUAAGGUGUCGAUGAGCUGAGCUCCAGGGGAGAGAAGAGGGCUUUUAUUUAAUCGUUUUUCUCCCAUUUCCUUCGCCCCGUCUGGAUCAAUUCAUCAUGACGCCUGACCUGCUGAACUUCAAAAAGGGAUGGAUGUCACAGCUGGACGAGAGCGGGGAGUGGAAGAAGCAUUGGUUUGUCCUGACUGACGCCGGACUCAAGUACUACAGAGACUCCAAUGCAGAGGAGAAAGAUGACUUGGAUGGAGAGAUUGACCUCAAAUCCUGCGUCAAGGUGUCCGAGUUCAACGUGGAGAAAAACUAUGGGUUUCAAAUACAGACGAGGGAGGCCGUGUUCACGCUGUCUGCCAUGACAGCCGGAAUCAGACGCAACUGGAUCGAGGUUUUACGGAAAUACAUACGUCCCAGCAGCUCCCCAGACCUCACACAAUUACCCGACAGCAGUAGCGACAAGGAAAACUCCAGUUUUGUGCCGACUUCCGUCCGGCUCUCGUCACGCCACGGUGACUCCCAGUCAGAGCCUCCUGCCCAGCGUCCUGUGGUGCUGUCCCCAGUCCCUGCCUCCCCCAGGCCCUACCUGGUCGGUGAGAGGGAGGCCGGCGAGGGCCAGGGAGGAGAGCACAGCCCGUGGCAGGGGGAGAGGAACACCAGCAGCCAGUGGGAUGCCGUGCUGUUCAAGAAGGGCAGCGGCGGGGGGUCCAACCACCGGUCGCACCGGGAGGACGAAAUCGAGAAGAAGUGGGCCGAGUUUGAGCGGAUGCCGCUGAAAGAGAUGAGCUCCAUGUCUUCGGUGGGACCGCGUCCCUCCAGCCAGCCCGCCAGCGAGGCGCUGCAGAGGGAGGUGGCGUCACUGAGGCAGCAGCUGGAGCAACUACAACAAGGAGGAGGAGGAGGAGGAGGAAGGAGAGCCAGUGUGAGAGGGAGUGUGCGGACGGACUGCGGCCCCGAGGCGCCCUGCAGCCGCAGCCUGGUGGCCAUGGAGCGCGCCCAUCGGCAAGCGCUGGAAGAGCUGCAGAGGCAGCACGACCGGCAGAUCAAGGAGCUGGAGAGCGAGAAGGACAGGCUGCUGCUGGAGGAGACCCGGGACACCGCACGAGUGAUGGAGGCGCUGAAAGUGAAGCACAAAGAGGAGCUGGAUCGGGAGGUGGAUAAAGUCCAGAGGCUGAGCAGUGGGCGUCUGGACUCAUACAGUUUACGAGCACAACAAACGGCAGAAACUCAGGCCCUGCAGAGAGAGCUGGCCGGACUGUCCGAGCGCUACUCCCAGAAGUGUCUGGAACUCAACCGAGCCGAGCAGAACAACGCUGGGAGGGAGAGAGAGAUCAGCCGCAAAGAGAGAGACAUGGAGCAGCUGAGGAAGGAGAACCAGGACUUAAAGGACCGAUUGACGGACGAGAUCCUCCGCAUGCGACUGAGCGGCACAGACCACGGCUCAGGAGACGGCAGAGACAAGACGCCCUGCGAGCUGGAGGUUCUUCUCAGGAUGAAAGACAACGAGAUCGAGUACUUGAACAAAGAAAUCAGCUGUCUGAGGAAUGAGCUGCAGUUUCUCAACAUGGAGAAAAAGCUGGCCUGCGAGCGAUACGCCGAGAUGCACGAGGAGCUGAGCGGGAUGAGAGGCCGGAACGAGCGAGAGAUCCAGAGUCUGAAGGAGCACUUGAAGCUGGCCAUGGCUGCUCUGCAGGAGGGCCAGAAGCUGGGAAACAGCCUGGACCACUGAGAGGCCGCUGCUGGUACGAGCACAGGCGUGUCUCCAUCUCAGACGAGCAGAGGACAGGUGUUGACAGUGUCAUAGUUUUCAAUCAUUCUGCCAACGAGCAGCGUCAAGUAGUUAUUUGGUUUCAUUACACUGGCCCACACAGGAUGUAGAAAACUGCACUUUUCUUUUCUUUUUUUUUUUUUUUUAUGAUUAAUUUCAGCCUUUUGCUUUUAUGAGUGCGAGCAUGUAUGAGUGCACAUUUGGUCUGAAAACUGGAAUUUUUUUAAUGACAUUUUAAUUUU